GAUAAACAUGCAGCAGAACAAGUGGAAAGAGAGAAUGAGAGAGAGUAAUAAGAUAAACAUGCAGCAGAACAGGUGGAAAGAGAGAAUGAGAGAGAGUAAUAAGAUAAACAUGCAGCAGAACAGGUGGAAAGAGAGAAUGAGAGAGAGUAAUAAGAUAAACAUGCAGCAGAACAAGUGGAAAGAGAGAAUGAGAGAGAGUAAUAAGAUAAACAUGCAGCAGAACAGGUGGAAAGAGAGAAUGAGAGAGAGUAAUAAGAUAAACAUGCAGCAGAACAGGUGGAAAGAGAGAAUGAGAGAGAGUAAUAAGAUAAACAUGCAGCAGAACAAGUGGAAAGAGAGAAUGAGAGAGAGUAAUAAGAUAAACAUGCAGCAGAACAAGUGGAAAGAGAGAAUGAGAGAGAGUAAUAAGAUAAACAUGCAGCAGAACAGGUGGAAAGAGAGAAUGAGAGAGAGUAAUAAGAUAAACAUGCAGCAGAACACGUGGAAAGAGAGAAUGAGAGAGAGUAAUAAGAUAAACAUGCAGCAGAACAGGUGGAAAGAGAGAAUGAGAGAGAGUAAUAAGAUAAACAUGCAGCAGAACAAGUGGAAAGAGAGAAUGAGAGAGAGUAAUAAGAUAAACAUGCAGCAGAACAGGUGGAAAGAGAGAAUGAGAGAGAGUAAUAAGAUAAACAUGCAGCAGAACAGGUGGAAAGAGAGAAUGAGAGAGAGUAAUAAGAUAAACAUGCAGCAGAACAAGUGGAAAGAGAGAAUGAGAGAGAGUAAUAAGAUAAACAUGCAGCAGAACAAGUGGAAAGAGAGAAUGAGAGAGAGUAAUAAGAUAAACAUGCAGCAGAACAGGUGGAAAGAGAGAAUGAGAGAGAGUAAUAAGAUAAACAUGCAGCAGAACAAGUGGAAAGAGAGAAUGAGAGAGAGUAAUAAGAUAAACAUGCAGCAGAACAAGUGGAAAGAGAGAAUGAGAGAGAGUAAUAAGAUAAACAUGCAGCAGAACAGGUGGAAAGAGAGAAUGAGAGAGAGUAAUAAGAUAAACAUGCAGCAGAACACGUGGAAAGAGAGAAUGAGAGAGAGUAAUAAGAUAAACAUGCAGCAGAACAGGUGGAAAGAGAGAAUGAGAGAGAGUAAUAAGAUAAACAUGCAGCAGAACAAGUGGAAAGAGAGAAUGAGAGAGAGUAAUAAGAUAAACAUGCAGCAGAACAGGUGGAAAGAGAGAAUGAGAGAGAGUAAUAAGAUAAACAUGCAGCAGAACAAGUGGAAAGAGAGAAUGAGAGAGAGUAAUAAGAUAAACAUGCAGCAGAACAGGUGGAAAGAGAGAAUGAGAGAGAGUAAUAAGAUAAACAUGCAGCAGAACAAGUGGAAAGAGAGAAUGAGAGAGAGUAAUAAGAUAAACAUGCAGCAGAACAAGUGGAAAGAGAGAAUGAGAGAGAGUAAUAAGAUAAACAUGCAGCAGAACAAGUGGAAAGAGAGAAUGAGAGAGAGUAAUAAGAUAAGCAUGCAGCAGAACAGGUGGAAAGAGAGAAUGAGAGAGAGUAAUAAGAUAAACAUGCAGCAGAACAGGUGGAAAGAGAGAAUGAGAGAGAGUAAUAAGAUAAACAUGCAGCAGAACAGGUGGAAAGAGAGAAUGAGAGAGAGUAAUAAGAUAAACAUGCAGCAGAACAAGUGGAAAGAGAGAAUGAGAGAGAGUAAUAAGAUAAACAUGCAGCAGAACAGGUGGAAAGAGAGAAUGAGAGAGAGUAAUAAGAUAAACAUGCAGCAGAACAAGUGGAAAGAGAGAAUGAGAGAGAGUAAUAAGAUAAACAUGCAGCAGAACAAGUGGAAAGAGAGAAUGAGAGAGAGUAAUAAGAUAAACAUGCAGCAGAACAGGUGGAAAGAGAGAAUGAGAGAGAGUAAUAAGAUAAACAUGCAGCAGAACACGUGGAAAGAGAGAAUGAGAGAGAGUAAUAAGAUAAACAUGCAGCAGAACAGGUGGAAAGAGAGAAUGAGAGAGAGUAAUAAGAUAAACAUGCAGCAGAACAAGUGGAAAGAGAGAAUGAGAGAGAGAGUAAUAAGAUAAACAUGCAGCAGAACAGGUGGAAAGAGAGAAUGAGAGAGAGUAAUAAGAUAAACAUGCAGCAGAACAAGUGGAAAGAGAGAAUGAGAGAGAGUAAUAAGAUAAACAUGCAGCAGAACAGGUGGAAAGAGAGAAUGAGAGAGUAAUAAAAUAAACAUGCAGCAGAACAAGUGGAAAGAGAGAAUGAGAGAGAGUAAUAAGAUAAACAUGCAGCAG